AUGUCCGACGACGAGCGCGAGACCAAGCCCUUCAAGUUCGUCACAGGUGUCGACGCUCGCUUCCCCAACACCAACCAGACCAAGCACUGCUGGCAGAACUACGUCGACUACCACAAGUGCAUUCUGGCCAAGGGCGAGGACUUUGCCCCGUGCCGCCAGUUUUACCUAGCCUACAAGUCGCUCUGCCCGAGCGGAUGGCAUCAACGGUGGGAUGAGCAGCGAGAGGCCGGAAACUUCCCUGCCCGCUUGGAGUAG